AUGGAGAAGUCUCAAGAUCCUCGUAUCGACAGUCCCACCGAAAAGUUUGCACUGGACCAUGUAGAUAAUGCAGCACCUUCGUCCGAUUAUAAUGCGUCUCACCAAACUGCCGGCGAGAUCACCAACCCCUUGGCAGCCAAGACCAAAGACGAGUUGAAUUCCGAUGUCGAAGCGUUCUGUACCGCGCACAAUCUGGUCGACAGACUUGAGACUUUCAAGAAGGGAGCCCUCGUUGCCCGCACACCGCAUGCACCUCGAUCGAUAGCGGAGCUCACGGCGGAUGAUCACGAGGUGCUGCGGGUGGAGGCCGAGCAUCGCUGGAGACACCCUAAAGCGCUCUACUUUACCAUUUUCAUGACAUCGAUUGGUGCAGCCAUUCAAGGUUGGGACCAGACGGGUUCAAACGGUGCCAAUCUAUCAUAUCCGCAGGUAUUUGACAUUGCAGAGACUGGAGAAGCUUGCGAGCUCGCCGGAACCUGUGCCAGAAAUGCCUGGAUUGUCGGUGCCAUCAACAGUGCUCCGUAUAUGGCUAUUUGUGUCAUUGCUUGCUGGCUUUCAGACCCAUUGAACGACUUACUAGGACGCCGGGGUACGAUCUUUGUCGGCGCAAUAUUCAGUCUCAUUGCGCCCAUUGGGCAGGCUGUAUCUCAGUCUUGGGUCCAAAUUCUGGUCUGUCGCAUUCUCCUCGGGAUCGGAAUGGGUCUCAAGGAAGUGACAGUUCCAGUGUUCUCGGCAGAGAAUGCCCCUGCCAACAUCCGUGGUGCAUUGACAAUGACCUGGCAGCUCUUUGUCGCCUUUGGAAUAAUGCUAGGUUUCACCGCCAACCUCGUCGUCAUUGAUGUAGGCGAUAUUGCGUGGCGAUUGCAGCUCGGUUCCGCCUUCAUCCCAGCUGUUCCUCUACUGAUUGGCAUAUUCAUGACGCCCGAGUCGCCUCGCUGGCUCAUGAAAAAGGGCAAGUAUGAAAAGGCCUAUAGGUCAUUGCUGAGACUUCGUGGAUCACCCCUUCUCGCGUGUCGCGACAUGUAUUAUCUGCAUGCGCAACUCGAAGUUGAGGAAGCCCUGAUCAAAGCGACUGGUUCUGCUCGCGGCGGUUUCUUCACGCGAGCCAUGGAGCUAUUUACUGUGCCGCGAAAUCGUCGGGCUGCACAAGCAUCUGGUAUCAUCAUGGCCUCGCAACAAUUUUGUGGAAUAAACAUUAUGGCAUUUUACUCGUCGACCAUCUUCUCACAAGCUGGCGCCAGCAACAAAGUGGCUCUCCUCGCCUCUUGGGGGUUUGGCAUGGCCAUGUUUGUGUUCGCCAUACCGGCCUUGUACACCAUCGACACUUGGGGAAGACGUGCCUUGCUCCUAGCCACAUUCCCAAACAUGUGCUGGACAUUGCUUGCUGCCGGCAUGGCAUUCUAUGUCCCCGCUGAAAGCCCUGCGCACAUUGGGUUGAUAGCGCUCUUCAUCUACCUGUACGUGGCUUUCUACGGCCCGGGCGAAGGACCAUGCGCCUUUGUCUACUCGUCAGAGGUCUUUCCGCUCUCACAUCGUGAAGUAGGAAUGUCGUGGGCCGUCGCCACCAACAACUUUUGGGCAGUGGUUGUCGCCUUGACUUUCCCGCCCAUGUUGCAAGGCCUCAAGCCUCAAGGAUCGUUUGGGCUCUUUUCUGCACUGAAUAUUGUGUGCCUCGUUGCCAUAUUCUUGUUCGUUCCCGAGACGAGCAAACGUACGUUGGAGGAGCUGGACGGCGUGUUCAAUGUCUCCACCAGACGCCAUGCUAGCUAUCAGUUCAGAGAGGUGCUGCCGUGGUGGUUUCGACGAUAUAUCCUCCGUAAGAAGGGAGAAAAGGAGCCACAGCUGUACCAUAUUGAUGCGAGUCCAUCAUCCGUAUGA